GUUGUCGUAAGUCAGCGGUGACAAAGACGACGUCGAACCCCCAGUGCUUAGCGUGUACGCGUCCCAACAUCAGGUAGUGGCCGUCGAGGCCCACAACGACGCAUCCAUGAGCAAUUUAGGAGCAGACAAAUGGCGGCCAAUGGCCAUUUCGAAUCCGUCAACUCGUUUGCGAGUCGCCCGUUCCAUGCCUCAUUGGGUAAUGGUACAAAAUCAGGUAGAUCAGCAACUGAUGAAAUCCGGUUCGCGUCCACCGACACCGCCCAAAAUUCCGCCGCCAUCUUUAGCCGGGGAUUGUGGAGAUCCUGACUACGAAGUUAUAGAGUUUCCGCCUCGCAGCUCUAACCAACCCCCUGCACCGGCUAGUAAUAAGAAUGUCAAAAUCUCUGAUAAUAAUCGAAUAAAAAACUCAUCAAUUAUUGCUAGAAUGACGAACGGUCGGUCGGGGCACCCUAAGUGCUGUCUCUGUGGGAUCGAGUGCGUUGUUGUGCGCUGUGAUGGCUGUAGCGAUAUCUUUUGUGAGAGCUGCGACGAAGCAAAUCACAGGCACCCAAAGCGCCGAGGUCAUGCGCGUCACCGAUUCCAUGGGGAGGUGGGACUCCAGCAAGUAAAGCCUCCCUUACCGCCGAAGGGCGAUCAUGGGAAUCCACCGCCGAUACCGCCGCCACGCAGGAACCGCAGGUCCAAUCAGGUAGGCUGUGACAUCCUCUGA